GCCACGGAGCGGGACCAUCUCCCCGCAGCCCGCGCUCCCCACGCCCUCCCGCCUUUGCGGUUCCAUCCCGAUCGGUGGCUUCUUUCUGAACGGCGUGGCUGACCCACUGAAUGGCUGCGGGUCCCGGGCCGCGGCGACCCAGGUAUCAAGAGUCACCCGAGUCCUUGGCAGCGCUGAGAGAGCUUUGCACCCUGCGGUAGUGAACGCCUGGGCUCCGCCUGCAGGUGCCAGCCGCAGCCAGCUCUUGACUGACUGCUCUGGUGCUUCACCAGGGGCACAAUGAACCCCACAAUGAAGCAGAAACGAGAAGGGACCCCAGGGCACGUGAAGAACAGUCCUGUCCCAAGGAGAACCCUGAAGAUGAUCCAGCCUUCCACAGCUGGAUCUCUGGUGGGGAGAGAAAAUGAGCUGGUUAAGGGCUUGUCCAAACCGAAGCAUUGGAAUGACCAGCUAGCAUCUAAGACUUCCAGCUCUGGAGUUACUGUUGUCCCGGAACACAGUGAAAAUAAAGAUCUUGGAGGAGUUACCCAAGAAGCAUUUGACCUUAUGAUCGCAGAAAAUCCAUCUUCUCAAUAUUGGAAAGAAGUGGCAGAAAAACGGAGGAAGGCUCUCUACGAAGCUCUGAAGGAAAAUGAGAAACUGCAUAAGGAAAUCGAACAGAGGGACAGCGAGAUUGCCCGCCUGCAAAAGGAGAAUCAGGAGCUGGCGCAGGUAGCAGAGCACGUGCAGCACAUGGCAGAGCUCCUAGAGAGACUGAAAGGAGAGCCUCUGGAUAACUUUGAAUCGCUGGAUAGUCAGGAAUCUGAGUCUGAAGAGGAAGCUGGCGAGGGUUCUGCAGGGGAGGACUCAGACCCCUGCGCGGGCACUGGGGAAGCCGAGCCCUGCGCAUGAGCUGCCGGAGGACUUGACUGAGAAAGUGCCAGCACAGCCACCUCCACUCUAGUUCUUGGUGGCAGAGCAGGUUACUGUGUCAUGCAGACCUGAAAUCAGGCUUCCUUGUUUGGAUCCGGGGACCCUAUUGUAUUAAAAUACAAAUACUGUGUAUUUUUAAUCUAUAGUGUUUUAUGUAAAUAGCAUUUUCUCAUGUCAGACACGACCUGUUUAUAUGAUAAAUAAACUUCAGUCUCCUGUUAAACAAUGUGUUUCUUAGAAGAAUGAAGUCUAAGGAGUAAAAUUUGUCUAUUUCUAUG